AAUCAAGCUGGCAGCGACAGUGUCGCGGUCAUUGGUGUUGCACACACAACAAGGAUACCAGAUCUCUUGUCUCAGGCUUGUGCAGCAGCUAGCAAGGCAGUGAUCAGCCUGCUUCCAAGCAGCUCUCCAGUCUCGGUGCACUUGACCUCAAUUCCCUCUGGAAGCCACCUCUUCUUGCCUGCCAGAUCACGCACCGAGCUGCGACAACACCUAGGCCUCAUUUCGUCUUCUCACAAAGACAUCCCUAGAGAGUGACAGGCGAUAGCACGAGACGAGGCACCAUGUCGAGUCUCAGGAGCCUCUACGCCAAGGGCGACGACCCGGGCCUCAGAACGAACAUGGGUGUCGACUACGCCAUCCAUUACAAGAUCCCCACCGAUUCCAAAGAGCGGGCGGAGGCUGAGGCCGCUUUCACGCAGCUUGUCGAGGGCCUCACCAAAGUCGGCCUUGCUACCGAAGUUCGUGAUGGACACGACUCGUCCCUGCUCAUCUUCGUCAAGGUAGCCUCUGGCCAGUAUCUUACGACCCAGAUCUACCGCGAGCGUGUCCAGGAUUGGCUCUACGGCGUUCGUGCCGCAGCGCCAGACAAGAACGUGGCUGCUGCCUUCGAGGCUGAACCCAUCAGUGACGCUGAGCGGCUGCGGUUGGUAUACCUGCUCAUCACAAGACCCAAGAACGACGGUGGUGCUGGCAUCACCCCAGGAUCGGGGCAAUGGAGCCACGUCGCUUCCAUAUUCCCUCUGCAUGAUCAUGGCUUCAACAAGCAGUGGAUUAAGGAAUGGAGUUCAAAGUAUGUCCUGACCGACAAGGACCUGCACAACAUCCGGGACCGCUUCGGCGAGAAGGUUGCCUUCUACUUCGCCUUUUUGCAGUCCUACUUCAACUUUUUGGUUGCGCUUGCUGGCUUCGGGUUUGGCGCCUGGCUGAUCCUUGGUCGUUACACCUUCUUGUAUGCCGUGGUCAACUCAGUCUGGACUGUUGUCUUCUUUGAGUGGUGGAAGAAGAAGGAGGUUGACCUGGCUGUCCAAUGGGGCGUGCGCGGCGUCUCAAAGAUCCAACUUCCUCGAAACGACUUCAAGUGGGACCACGAGGCUGCUGAUCCCGUCACUGGUGAGGCCGUCAAGGUCUACUCCCCCAUCAAUCGCUUCAAGACACAACUGCUGCAGAUUCCCUUCGCCGUGGGAUGUCUCGUCGUUCUCGGGGCUGUGUAUCUCUUCUGCUUGUCAGUAGAGAUCUUCAUCUCACAGAUCUACAAUGGCCCAUUCAAGACCUACCUAGUUUUCACACCAACCCUGAUUCUGACUGGCGUGCUGCCAAUGCUUUCUACGAUUCUUGGCAAUUUUGCAGAGAAGUUGACGGAAGCAGAGAACUAUGAGACUCAAGACGCCCACGACGCUGCCCUCGUACAGAAACUGUUCUUUAUCAAUUUCAUCACAUCCUACACUCCGCUGUUCCUCACGGCCUUUGUAUACAUGCCGUUUGGUAACCUUCUAGCCCCGUAUCUGGACAUUUUCCGUGUCACCGCUGAGAAGAUCUCGACAAAGGGCGCCAUCACCACUCAGGGCUUUGAGAUUAACAAGGCCAGACUCAAGAAUCAGAUUGUCUACUUCACUGUGACAGCUCAGCUCGUCAACUUUGCACUCGAGACCAUUGUCCCGAUUGUCAAGCGCAAGGCAACGCAGCAAGUCGAGAAGAUGACGUCAAAGGAAGCCGCUGCUGCGGAUCCUGAGGGCGAGCAUGCCUUUCUGGAGCGUGUACGCCAUGAAGCGAGCUUGGCGACCUACGAUGUGACUGGCGAUCUCCGCGAGAUGGCCGUGCAGUUUGGCUACCUUUCAUUGUUUUCCUGCAUCUGGCCGCUUGCUCCACUUUCGUUCCUCAUCAACAACUGGGUAGAGCUGCGUUCCGAUGCGAUGAAGAUUGCGGUCUCUAGCCAGCGGCCCAUUCCCUGGCGUGCCGACUCCAUCGGACCAUGGCUCAACUCACUAGGGUUCCUAUCCUGGCUCGGUAGCAUUGUGAGCUCUGCCAUCGUGUUUCUCUUCAACAAUGAGAACGAGGGUCCCGGUGGUGAGCCGUGGGAGAUUAAGCUCUGGGGUCUUCUGCUGAGUAUAUUGCUCUCCGAGCACAUCUAUCUGGCACUGCAAUUUACUGUACGCUAUGUGUUGAGCCAGAUCGAGAGUCCUGGCCUGCAGAAGGAGAAGGCCGAGAGAUUCGCUAUGCGCCGGCGUAUGCUGAAGGAGAGCCUUGGUGAGGAAGUUACCCAGAAGCCCAUCCCGCCCACGGUGCAGAGCGGUGAGAAGAUCACUCGCAAGGCACUCGAGGAAGAGGCCAGGGAGAUGUCUGUCAAGGGAUCAAGCCCUGAACAAGCAUUCUGGCACCGCCAGCAGGGGAUGGAUGAGACCGUGCAGGUUGGUCGGCACAUCUUCUCUCAGGUAAGUCUCACCGCGCCUUGCCCACGGGAACGUUGCUGACUGUGGACGUAGCAUGCUUCGAACAAGACGGCAAAAGCUUGAUUGGGUCCAGACUCAAAACAACAGCCAGUAUCGCUGCAUGAUCAUGGCCUAUCCAAAAUGCUGGACUAUAUUUCCAGACUGUAAAGCGUUGCAAGCGAGGAGGAAGUGGAGGGAUAGAGAUUGUGAUGGAAGAAGAGUGGGAGAGAUGGUGGACGCGUAAUUGAACACAAAAGCGAGUAAUGGACGGUCAUAACGUGACCUUUUUU